AUGACAACAAAGACUGAAAUUGCUACGUUUGCUGCAGGAUGCUUUUGGGGAGUUGAACAUAUUUAUAAUGAACAUUUUAAAGAUAUUAUUACGCGGGUAGGAUAUAUGGGUGGAAAUAUUGAGAAUCCUAGUUACAAACAAAUCAAGACAGGUACGACCGACCAUGCUGAAGUGUGCCAAAUUAGCUUUGAUCCUAGCAAAGUUUCUUUUGAAACAUUAACAGAAUUCUUUUAUAAAAUGCAUGAUCCUACUACCAUAAAUGCACAAGGCCCUGAUAUGGGUACUCAAUAUCGUUCAGUUAUCUUUUAUCAUUCACCUGAACAAAAAGUAAUUGCAGAAAAGGUAACAAAAGAAGUUCAAGAAAAGCAUUAUCCUGACGCCAAGAUUGUAACUGAAAUUGAGCCUGCUACUCGAUUUUACGAUGCUGAAGAAUAUCAUCAACUUUAUUUGGAAAAGAAUCCUGAAGGAUAUGCUUGUCCAACCCAUUAUCUUCGCUGGUAA